AUGUACUCCCUUCAUUACGAGAUAGAAGCCACGGAACGAACCUUAGAAGGGCUCAAGCGAGAGCAAGCUGCAAUUAAAUGUGCUUGGGCAAGGGUUCAGAACUGCACUAAUCCAUCAUUCCGAAUUCCCGAAGAGAUUCUCUCCGAAAUAUUCCGAAUCGGCUAUACCGUCGCUGGGGACAUCUGCAUGGCGGAAGAGACCACAUAUCUGGGCACCAUUACUUCUGUGUGCCACCAUUGGCGGCAAACAGCCAUUGGUUCGGCCCCGCUUUGGACAAAUAUCGUUGCAGAGGCUGGAGAUUUCAACCCUAAGAUGCGAUUAUACCUUGAGCGGUCUCGUGAGGCACCAUUGCGGUUCACCGUUAUCGCCGACAAUCGCUUAAACAAGUGGGCCUCGGGACAAAUCCGAAAUUGGAUGGAUUCGCUCGGAUCAUACCUGGCUCGAACGCACAGCCUGACAAUUCGUACAACCGACCAUGAUGUUGCGCAGACUAUAUUCCCUCUCCGUGUACCCAUGCCCUCGUUGCAGUACUUUGCAUUCGAGGCGUUUGAGAGGACGCAGAUCCGCCAGCCCCUAGAGGAACAGCGUUCACGGGAAGGCCUCCGACUUCUAGAUCCCACGGUAGCUGCCCCAGCAAAAAUCAUUGUGAGCGUGAGGGAUGCCUCGUUGCCAAUUUUGUGGGAUCUGGACCAGUUGAGGACCAUGACUCAUCUCAAAUUGGACUCAUGGGCGGCGUGUCCUACGAAGGAUGUCGUUCACCUUGUGAGGCGGUGCACGAAUUUGAAGAGUCUGUGCUGGCUUCAGGCGCUUGAAGAGGAUGUGCUCCAUGGAAAUGACAUGGAGUGUUUCUCGUCAUUGACGCUGGAGUCGCUUCAGAUGGAUCUUGCCGCGAAGGGGUCCGAACGGUCGAGUGUGAUUUGGACGAUGCAAUUCCCUCGGUUGAAGCAUUUGACAAUUUAUGCCGUUAUCGGUGAUUCACAAUGGGUGGAUCAGGCACUCGGGAGCGUUGAACGAUUCCCUAUGCUCCAAACAGCGUGGCUUUCUUCCGCUGCAUUCUCCCCCACAGCCAUUAAUGCAUUCCUUUCUGCUCAUCCCACCAUCGAAGAGUUCGGAUGCCGUCUUCACGCCAGCAUCGGUGGCGUGCUUAGUGUCCUUGCCGAGCCGACUUCCACACUCCCUCUAAAAGCCCGUUCGCCCAGUUUGCGAUUCCUGUACAUUUUGGGCGCGUCAACGACUUACGAAGGGGAGUCUCAACCUUCGGAGGUCAUUUCUCGCGUGUGUGCAGCUGUUCGCGGUCUUUUGCGGGUUCGCGGAAUCGGUGCCAUAGGUAUUGGGGAAGGAUCAGAGCUCGUUCCGCUGAAAAUUCAGCUUAACGAUAAAACAUGGGAAAGCAGGGAUGCUAUCCCGAAAGAGUAUGCUGUGCUCCAGCAGGAGUUCCCCGAAUGUUUGCGCUUGACUGGAAACGACGAUACAAUUCCGACUAGAUUUAACCCCACAUAG